AUGCUGCGUCCGAAUGAGCCACCGCUGUAUCUUCAUGUGACGGCUGAUACGAGGGAGAGCCUCAACCGCUGUAUUGCGCGGAUUAACAAUCUAAUGAUGCAAGAUCUUCCGCCUCUGCUAGACGACCGCCUACAUCGCAAUGACCCACGAGCAUCAAACGAAGAAAUUGUGCCCAUCAAUUUAGAGCCACUGCGAAACUUUAAUGUGCGUGCGAAGGUUGUUGGGCCAUCAGGACUCUUUGUCAAGUACAUACAGCAUGAGACUCGUGUUCGUGUGCAGAUCAAAGGUCGUGGAUCUGGCUAUUUGGAAGGUGAUACAGGUCGUGAGCUGCAGGAAACGAUGCAUAUCCACUUGUCUGGUCCAGAAUCUGUUCAAGUCCGUCGUGCGAAAGAAAUGGCCUUAGAUCUGGUCGAUGCUGUCACCCAAGAGUGGCACAAAGCGCGUGCAGCCCUAGGUGGCCAAGACUCGGGCAGAAAUGAAGAUGCGCCGCCGCCGCCACCUCCCAGUGAACCUGCGCCGCCACCACCUCCGGAAGGUGCGGAAGUGCCUCCGCCCCCGGAAGAUGAAAUCCCACCACCGCCACCUACAGAUGCCCCACCCGCAGACCCUGAGCCGCCUGUCACAGAAGCACAGACUGAGUCUGCCAUGCUCGAAGAGGACGAGGAAGAAGCUGCUUUGCAGCAGUACUGGAAGGACUACGUGGCAUGGGAGCAAAGCUUCGUGAACUAUCACGGCCGACGACCGACGAAAGAAGAAGGAGCACAAGACGUCCCUCCCGAACACCGAGCAUAG